UUGUGAAUCAGUCACAUUGAGCACGUCGUCGAGUACGGUUACAACAACGUGAACUGUCAUCAAUCUGAACGUUUCAAAAAACAUAUUAUUUUCUCAAGACUUUUGUGUUUUGUGUGUUUUGGUGUUUGUGUGUUGUUGAACUGACACAAGUGCACAACGUGCCCUCUUUAGUCAGAAAACAAUUUAAAAGGAAUUUUUGAUUUGGGAAAAGGAAAGAGAAAUCUAAGACGCCAUGUUGCCUGAACCGACAACGCGCUUAGAACGGAGCCACUUGAGGUUGACAUUCAACAGGAGUCUGAGCGAACCAGGCAGUACUGCUUCGUCCAGCUCUAGCUCUUCCAGCUCCAACAGUCAAGAUCAUCACCUUCCAUUGUCAAUGAAUGACCAACGCCAGCAUCAUAAAAGACAUUACAUGCAAUUGCAGCAUCACCACAAUCAAGUUUAUUUGCAUCAGCACAGCAAAGCGUGUAGCUCUUUGGGUUCGAGUUCUCAGUCAUCGGUUUCAUCAUGCAGCACGUCGUCCUCGAUCUGCUCCAUCGACAAGGACGAAUUGGACGAAGAACAGCCACUGCAGCCCUUAGUUUUAUUGCAACAACAGUCUCCGGCCAAACGAUGCUGUCUCGGACUUCCGCUGUCGGUCAGUCUGCCGUCUAGUCCGAGCUCUGAAAGUUCGUCCUUGCAAAGGGCCAUGAUGGCCAAGCGAACUCGGAUUUACACGGCCGACCAGCUAGCGACUAUCAAAUGGUCGAACAAUACACCUACAUCGCCAACAACCGGCCAACCGGUGGUUAUAGUCGAUUGCCGGCCAUUCAUGGCCUACAAUGCCUCCCACGUCCGCAACGCCAUCAAUCUCAACUGUUCGGACCGCUGGAACCGUAAGCGUCUCCAAACGGGCCGAGUGUCGUUGGCCGAUUUAGCCACCAGCCCCGAAGGCAAAGACUUGCUUCGUCGACGAACCGUCAAAGAAGUCAUCGUCUAUGACGAAGGAGCCGUCGAUUGCGAACGUCUUCCUCCAUCCAGCACCCUUUACAUUGUCUUGUCCGCAUUGCUCGACGAUCACAAAGAGCCACUACUCUUAGCCGGUGGACAUUCUGAAUUCCAAAGACGUUAUCCGCACCUUUGCGAAAGUCAUCAAAACAUUUCCGGCGGAUCGACGAGUUCUCCUCUUUCAAGUUCUUCCUGUUGUACAACAGCGGUCGCCACUAGUAGCGUGUCGCCGGAUGUGGAUUCCCACCCGACCACACAGAUUUUGCCCUUCCUGUACUUGGGUAACGGCAGGGACGCUUGUGAUUUGAGUAAACUCGACAGGCUGGGCAUUUCACGAGUGCUCAACGUCACAGCCGAUUUACCCUGCGAUGAGCACAUCCUUUCCCGAGGCAUUUUAUUCAAACAAUUACCAGCUGCCGAUUCCGGCCAGCAAAAUUUACGGCAGUAUUUCGACGAUGCAUAUCAAUUCAUCGACGCAGCUCGUUGUGGUAGUGGGUCGGUUUUAAUCCACUGUCACGCUGGCAUCUCCCGUUCGCCGACUAUCGCCAUCGCUUACCUGAUGCGUCACGCCCAGUUGAGCCUGGUCGAAGCCUACACGAUGGUCAAACAACGUCGUCCAAUCAUUUCGCCAAAUCUCAAUUUCAUGGGCCAAUUGUUGGAGUUUGAACAAGGAUUGCGAUCCGAUCCAUCAAUGGCUGCCACUAGUGAACAAGUGAAUUCUUUGUCGUCGUCGUCAUCGUCGGAUGUGACACCAUCAAGCACUUCCUCUUUGACCAAUGGUGACAUAAGUCCCCUCACUUCUUGCCGUCAUUUACGUCAUUUACCGCCUUCACGCUGGGCGGCUCACCGUGACCAAUCCCCUUCCGAAAUGGAAUCAUCUAGCUGUCGUGUCUAAAUAAUUUUUUUUCCCCAAAGUUUAAUUUAAAAUCAUUUAGUUUCUUUAUUUACGAUUUAAAAAUGUUUAUUGGGUGGGCAAAAAAUACCUCCCGUAAAUAUCCCUUAACUCUUCGUUGCGUGUCCUUCUCUUUCGUAUUCAAGUCAAAUUUAUGAUGCGUUCCUAGUCGAUGCAGCUACCCGUUUUGUUUGUCCACGCGGCUGAAUUUCUCAAAUGAAAAACCACAACAGUUUUAGAUUUAAACAAAAAACCCGGAAUUCUUUAAAUUAAGAUAUUCAUUUCUGCCAACUUUGUUGUCUACAAAACUUAGAAUUUUCCCAUCCUUUUUUGUUUUUUUUUUCUUUAAUUUUGAAUGGCGUUGUUUCUCAGUGUGUGCCUUUCGUGAUGACCCGUAUUGAUCUGUCUGUAUUAUCCGUGAAAAAUAUAAACAAAGAAAAAAAAA